AUGACGAAGCCCUCAAUUAACAACGUCGCUGUUAUCGGCGCAGGCAUCAGUGGUGUCGUGACCGCCGCACAUCUCCUAUCGGCAGGGCUAGAGGUCACUGUCUUUGAAAGAAACAGGGAAGCCGGCGGUGUGUGGCUGUAUGAUGAUAGGCGCCCUGUUGAGCCCAUAUAUCCGUCCACCAAAGCUUCCCAGGGAGAGCAGCCGGGAGACUAUGAGGAUCUCCAGGAGUCUGAACGCAUUCACCUUGAGCAUGCACCGCCUGGAGCGUGUUAUGUCGGCCUUCAGAACAACGUCUCGACGCCACUCAUGAAAGUCACUCUGAAUUCAUGGCCGGACGAAACACCGGAUUUUGUUUCCCAUCGAGUCAUGAAUGAAUAUAUCCAGGAUACGUCACGUAAAACCGGGGUAGACGAUAUAACGAAAUAUGGUGUUAAAGUGGUCGAUGUCCAGAAGGUGAACUCGCAGUCGAAGUGGCGCGUGACCUGGACGAAGAUAUACGAAGAUGGAGUUUCAGGAAGGCUGCGAGAACAGCAAGAGGAUGCACUCUUUGACGCCGUCGUCGUUGCAUCCGGGCAUUAUCAUGCUCCACGCGUGCCGGAUUUGCCAGGACUUAGCGAAAUCAAGAGAUUGUGGCCACAGAAAAACGUUUUUCUUAUCGGUGGCGGCGUAUCAUCCACCGACAUUGCGCGUGAACUGGGACCAGUGGCCAAAUCCAUUUACCAGAGUACAAGAAAUGGACCUUUUGAUCUGGCGGCGAGUCUUUUGCCCGAAAAUGGAGUGCGAGUAGACGAAGUUGCGUCUUUUGAAUUGAGUGAUGUUUCGUCGACUGCUGGGAACUCAACGGAAGAACGCAGCCUGCCAGUUACAGUGCAUCUAAAGUCCGCGAAUGGACAUUAUUCCAUCACGGACAUUGAUUAUAUCAUAAUCUGCACUGGGUAUCAUAUCACUCUGCCUUUUCUGGGCGCGCUUCACGAAGAUGAAACCAUCCCCACCGAGGCCAGUGACACCGUCCUCGUCACCGACGGCAGACAAAUACAUAAUCUGCAUAAGGACAUAUUUUACAUCACCGACCCUACUUUAUCCUUUAUUGGAGUGCCAUUCUAUACGGCUACAUUCUCUCUGUUUGACUUCCAAGCCAUCACCCUGGCAGCUGUUUACUCGGGGGUUGCGCAGCUGCCCCCGGAGUCAAAUAUGAGGGAGGAGUAUCUAGCCAAGGUUGAAAAGAAGGGCAUUGGUCGUCAUUUCCACUCCUUGAAGGAUCAAGAGGAGAUCUAUGUCAAGGAUCUACUGGAUUGGGUUAAUUCGUUCAGGGGCAAGUACGGAUUGCCUUUGAUUGAGGGGCAUACGGAGACCUGGCUUAGGGCCAAGGAGGAGCAACGGAAGAGGAUGCAGAAGCUUUUUGCCACUUAUGAGUAG